AUGAUUCAGAGAAGAAUAGUGGAGUGCCAAAAGAAGGCGCAGAGGAUUGAGAGAAGCCCCAGGAGAAUUGAAAGGAUUCAGUGGCAUAUUCUGAUUCUAAGACUAACCACAGGGUUUCUGUUUGCAAGGACGGCGGGCCAGGCCCGCCGAGCCAGCCCGGUACGGGCAGGCGGGCGGGCCAGGAGGUCUGCCGAGCCAGCCUGGUACGGGCAGGCGGGCGGGCCGGAAGGUCUGCCGAAGCAGGCCCGGUACUGCGGGCAGGCGGGCGGGCCGAAAGGCUGGCGGGCCGAAAGGUCUGCCAAGCCGGCCUGGUACUGCGGGCAGGCGGGUGCCGUGGGCCGGAGGUCUGCCGAAGCAGGCGGUACUGCGGGCAGGCGGGCGGGCCGAAAGGUCUGCCAAGCCGGCCUGGUACUGCGGGCAGGCGGGCGGGCCGGAAGGUCUGCCGAAGCAGGCCCGGUACUGCGGCAGGCGCGGGCCGUAAGGUCUGCCAAGCCGGCCUGGUACUGCGGACUAGCGGACAGGCGGGCGGGCCGGAAUGUCUGCCGAGGCAGGCCCGGUACUGCGGGCAGGCGGGCGGGCCAUAAGGUCUGCCAAGCCGGCCUGUCUGCUGGCUGGCGGGCGGGCGGGCCGGAAUCAGGCCAAAUCAGCCCGGUACUGCGGGCAGGCGGGCGUUUCCGGAAAUGGUCUGCAAGGCCGGCUGUAUGCGGGCAGGCGAAUCUGCCGGAAAGGUCGCCGAAAGAAGGCCUGGUACUGCGGGCAGGCAAGCAGCGGGCGGGCCGAAGGUCUCCAAGCCGGCCUGGUACUGCGGGCAGGCUGGGGGGGCGGGUCCGGAAGGUCUGCCCGAAGCAGGCCCGGUUACUGCAGGCGGGCGGGCGGGCGGGCCGAAAAGGUCUGCCAAGCCAGCCUGGUACUGCGUGGCAGGCGGGCGGGCCGGAAGGUCUGCCAAAGCAGGCCCCGUUACUGCGGCAGGGCGGGCGGGGUUGGGCCGAAAGGUCUGCCAAGCCGCCUGGCGGGCGGGCCGAAAGGUCUGCCAAGCCGGCUGGUACUGCGGGGGAGGAGGCGGGCGGGUGCCGGAAUGGUCUGCAGAAGCAAGGACCUGGUACUACGCGGGCAGGUUUGCGGGCGGGCCCAGAUGUCUGCCAAGCCGGCCCUGGUACUGCGGCAGCGGGGCGGGCCGAAGGUCUGCCGAAUCUUAGGCCCGGUAACUACCGGGCAGGCGGGCGGGCCGAAAGGUUCUGCCAAGCCGGCCUGGUACUAGCGGGCAGGCGGGGCGGGAACCGGAAUGGUCUGCCGAAAGCACCGGCCCGGUACUUCGGGCAGGCGGGCGGGCCCGGGCCGAAAGGGAUCUGCCAAGCCGGCCGGCCUGGCGGUACUGCAGGGGCAUUGGCGGCGGGCGGGACCGGAAGGUAUGCCGAAUCAGGCCUGGUACUUCGGGUUCAGCGGGCCGGGUUCCGAAAGGUCUGCCAAGCCGGCCUGGUACUGCGGCUGGCGGGCGGGCGGGCCGGAAGGUCUGCCGAAGCAGGUCCGGAUGGUAACUGCGGGCAGGCGGGCGGGGGUUGGGGCGGGGCGAAGGUCUGA